GCCGGAGCACAAACAAAAUGUCCGGCAAGCGGCGCUCGGAGUGACGCACGAAAUGUUUGCGCUCUUGCUUUUUCACGUGUUUCUAAGUGAGCGACGUUGGGCGCUCUCUCGCACGCGCGCCCUCCUCGUGUGUGCGAGUGAGCGCGAUAUAGUCGUGGGCUUGCUUCUUACUGCGCGUGUCUGUCUGCCGCUGUGCACGGCGACAUGUUUGUUCCGUGGCCUCGUUAUAGUGUGACGUGUAUUCAAUAGAUAUUUUUAUAAUCGUAUCUCAGACCAUUUUGAUAAAAAAACAUUAAAGUACUUAUUUCCUAGAAGCUAGUUUGGAAGUAAUAAAUACUUAAGUAAGAAGCUAUUAAAUAUAAGUACAGCUAAAUAAAAACGCAGUCUAACAGAGAUAGUGAUGUCAGUGAAGAGAGAGAGAAUGCCACAACGCGCUGAGAGUGACAGCGAGGUGGGCCGGCUGGUAGACUGCAGCCAGGCCGACGACCGGCGCCUGAUCCAGCUCGUGCGCGAGCGCCGUGUCCUGUACGCGCGGAACAAUAUGCCCGUGGCCAGCUACUACAAUCAGGUCAAGCGCCUGUGGCUCGAAGUCGCCAACAAGAUGGGCUGGUCCGGUACGUAUCGACUUAACCACGAAACAUUACCCUUGACCGACGUGCGGCGCAAGUGGUCUCACAUCCGCAACUCGUACUCGCGCCACCUGCGCAACGAGAUGCACGGCGUGCGCACGGGCCGCGGCCGCAUGGUCUCCAAGUGGUACCUCGCCGACGAGCUGGACUUCCUGCGCCAGCACAUGGCCACAGACACGAGACAGUCGCGCCAUUCGUACCGGACUCUGUACGUGCCCAAACCGGUUGCGAGUACGCAUAGUGACUCGUCCACUGACUUCAUGACCACUCCAUGGUUGGCGCUAACCAGCCCGUCUCAUGCCAGUCCACUCCAGCUCCCGGUGGAGCCGCAGCCUUUCCGUGAGGACUCCUCAAGUCCUCACUCAUCAUUCGAGCCAGAUGAGAAUUCUGCUUACUUUCACUUUUUCCGGGGUAUACAUAACGAUUACCAAGCGUUGUCAGCCAAAAAGCAACGAUUGUUUCGACGCGAAUGUCUCGCCUUCCUGCAUCGGCUUCUAGAUGAAGAAGAUCCCCGAGGACAAGAAGAUGCUCUCGAUCUCAGCAACUCCAUUGAAACAGACGAUGAAAAAGAAUUGAAACCUUUUAUCAUCAGCAGUGUAGAAAGUAUAGUCGGCGAGCACAGCGACUCCACCCAGGGAUGUGCGGGCGAGACCAAGUGACGAGCAGAGUCUAGUGCCGUGCUGCGUGGCUCGCUCUGUACUCGGUAGUGUCUGGUCACAGAUAUAGGUAUUGUCUGUAGUAGCGGGGAACUCCCCGCCUCGCGCUGUGUUGUUGCCAAGCGGCGUUCAUGCGUGUGCAUUGCACUAUAAAUUAUACCGAAAUAAUAAAUAGGUACGAAAAUAUAACUAUAU